AUGGCAGCAUCUGGUGAAGUGAUAGGGCGGUUGCCCAUCGAUGCCGCGGUCAUUGGCGGAUUGAUCACAAUUUAUGUUCUAUUCAGUGUGCUUGCAUCAUACUGGAGGCUUCGCGAUAUGCCAGGCCCAUUUUGGGCAAAAUUCACCGAUGCUCAGAGGAUGUCUUGGGUCUUUACCAAAAAGGCCGAGACCAUUCAUCUUGAUCUUCACAAAAAGUAUGGCGAGUUUGUUCGACUCGGGCCAAACAUGAUUUCGCUGAGUGAUCCUGUGGCCAUACCGGAGCUGUAUCCUAUGCGGCCUGGUUUCAUCAAGGCAAAGCAGAGUCUCUUCUAUCGAGGGAUCAUGCCUUAUAUUAAGGGCGGUGCUAUGCCUGCUGUAUUCACAACCCAGGACGAGGCUAUGCAUAAGAAGCUUCGGACGCCCAUUUCCAGCCUCUAUUCUACUUCACACCUUCUCACCUUUGAGCCUUUUGUUGAUGACGUAACUGGGAUUUUCUUCGAGCAACUAGACCGCCGGUUUGCCAAGACUGGUGCCCCUCUGGACAUCGGACGUUGGCUUCAAUUCUGGGCCUACGAUCUCAUGGGCACCAUGACAUUCUCGAAACGCUAUGGAUUCCUUGAGACUGGCGAAGAUAUAAAUGGUCUCAUGGCCGGGGCUUGGGACUUUAAUCUGAGUAUUGGGCCAAUGACGCAAUGGCCCCUCGCAGAUAGAAUCCUUUACAAGAGUCCCCUGGCGGAUGUGCUGAAGAAUCAAGUAGCUGCACCAAUCCUUCGUGUCGUGUCCCAGAAUGUGGAUGAGCGGACGAGGAAUGGUUUGGCUGCAGAAAGGAAAGACGGUAGCAAGAGCGACUUCCUGUCAUAUUUCAUUCGCAUCCAACGAGAACAUGAGGAACUACCAGACUGGGCGUGUCGGACCUGGACCUACUCCAACGUUAUCGCGGGAUCGGACUCGGUCUCUGCCGUGCUGCGCGAGCUGGUCUAUCAGCUUCUCGCAAACCCGGAGAGCCUCUCCAAGCUGCUAGAGGAGCUCCGCGCGGCGGAUGCCUCCACCGGGCUCUCCAAGCCAUAUCCCAAGUGGAACGAGGUCAAAGACUUGCCGUACCUUGAUGCAUGCUUCCACGAGGCAUCCCGCCUGCACCCACCCUUUUGCCUGCCAUUCGAGCGCAUCGUUCCCAAGGGAGGUGUCAUUCUACAUGGCCACUUCGUGCCAGAGGGCACCUGCGUUGGCAUGAACCCGUAUGUCGUCAACCGCCACAAGCCGACUUUUGGCGACGACGUCGAGACCUGGCGGCCUGAACGCUUCAUGGCUGAUAGUGAGGCCGCGCGGCGGAAGCUUACGGACUGUAUUAUGACGUUUGGUGCUGGUCGGCGAGUUUGUGCUGGGAAAUUCAUCGCCAUCAUGGAGAUCAAAAAGAUCGUACCCGCUUUAUUUCUGAACUACAAGAUGGAGUUGCUGGAUCCUGGCCAGUAUUGGAAAGAAAGCUCCUAUUUCUAUAGACAGCAUGGUAUCUUGGGAAAAUUGAAGAGGCAAGAGAUUUAG